AUUGAGUGCAACCACGAUGGAGGGGGUGAAGUAUUCGAGUGUCAAGACAAAAAACUUACAUCCUAUGUUUCAGGGAUCUUUAUUGUCCCGGCUAUUUUUCUGGUGGUUACCGUUAUUUCUGUGGAAAGGCCUGAAAAAAGAAAUAGAAGAAGACGACAUAUACGAAACUGAGAAGUCGCAAGAAUCAGCCUUGCUUGGUGGUCAAUUAGAAAUGGCAUGGAAAAAGGAAUUGAACAAAGAGAACCCUUCCCUGGCAAGAGCGCUGUUCAGGGUUUUUGGAGGAGAAUUGGCCAUAUUCGCAUUAUACCACAUAUUCGCUGAGGGUGUCAAGGUAUCACAACCCAUACUCAUCUUCCACAUGCUUUCCCUAUUACAAGAUAAGAACCCAGGCGAAGAUAACGGAAAGAUAUUCACCUAUGUAGCCUUUGUAGCCUUAGUAGCAUUCCUCAGAGCGGCAAGCACCCACAACUAUCAAAUGAGUAUCACGUUUUUAGGAAUGAAAGUUCGUAUUGCAGUAUGCUCUCUCAUCUACAGAAAAUCGCUGAGGUUGAGUAAGUCUGCCCUUGCCGAAACGACCAUAGGGCAGAUGGUCAACUUGUUGACUAAUGACGUUGGGAGAUUCGAUACUGUAGCUCAAUACUUCCACUAUUUGUGGUGUACUCCAUUUCUGAUACUUGUAGAAGCGUACUUUCUGUUUAUUUACGUCGGACCAAGUGGAAUUGUUGGAAACGCAUACCUGGUGGGGUUUAUUCCGGUACAAAUGUUUUUGGCAAAGUUGGUAUCUAAAUACAGAUUGCGUACAGCUACGCGAACGGAUGAAAGAGUUCGACUCAUGAACGAAAUUGUUUCUGGAAUACAAGUAAUCAAGAUGUACACAUGGGAAAAGCAAUUCAGUAAACUGGCUGAAAUUAUAAGAAGGCAAGAAAUACAGCAAAUUAGACAAACAUUUACAAUCAGAGCGUUCACGAAUUGCUACUCCAUAGUUUCCCUGAAAAUUGCCGUUUUCAUCAGCAUUUUAACACAUGUUUUAACAGGAAACACACUUACUGCCAAGUAUACCUACACAGUGCUUGUAUUCUAUGGAGUACUCAGGUCAUCGCUGUUGACCUUCUUCACACAAGGUCUCACCUUUUUUGCUGAAGCGAAAGUUUCUGUGAAGAGAAUACAGCAAUUUUUAUUAUACGAAGAACUGAUGGAAACCGAUGUAACUGAUCACAAUUCAUUCUCAAACGAUCCAAAACCGUUCGCAAACUUCAAGGAAGGAGACAUCGGAAUAUGCAUAGAAAACUUGUCGGCUAAGUGGGUGAAGAAGUUACCUGAGAACAUUUUGCAAGGAGUCAAUUUCCACGUGGUUAGCAAUCAACUGGUAGCUAUCGUAGGUCCGGUAGGAGGCGGUAAAACGACUCUUCUAAACGUUAUUCUGAAAGAGCUAACCCCCACUGAAGGUUCCGUAGAAGUGAAAGGAACAAUAUCCUAUGCCUCCCAAGAACCUUGGGUAUUUGGAGCUAGCGUCAGGCAAAAUAUUUUGUUCGGUCAAGACUAUGAUCCCAAAAAAUACGAUGAAGUUAUAAGGGUCUGCGCUUUACAAAGCGACUUCGCUCAAUUCAACCAUGGUGACAGAACCCUUGUAGGUGAAAGAGGUGUCACUCUUAGCGGAGGACAGAGAGCUAGAAUAAAUCUAGCAAGAGCAGUAUACAAAGAAGCAGACAUUUACCUCUUGGAUGAUCCCUUGUCAGCUGUGGAUGCUCAAGUUGGCAAACAACUUUUCGAAGAAUGCAUUUGCGGAUACUUGAAAACCAAAUGCGUCAUUCUGAUAACACACCAGCUACAAUACCUCAAGAAUGCAGAUUACAUAUACUUACUGAAAGAUGGUCGAAUUCAUUCCUCAGGUACUUUCAACGAGUUGAAAAUUUCUGAUUGCGACUUCACGACACUUCUCGAAGAACUGAAAGAAGUAGAGGAGAAGGAGGAGGUUCCUACAGAAUCAAGAGUUGAGAAAGAAUAUGAAGUUGACGAUGAAAAGUCACCAAUGAUCCACCAGAAAGAAAAAAAAGCCAGUGGAAAAGUAACUUGGCAUGUUUAUGAAAGCUACUUCAGAGCAGGAGGUGGCUGGUGCAGAAUAUUCAUUCUACUUUUGGGAUACACGAUUGGCCAGAUGUUCAACAGUGUGACUGAUUACUUUCUGUCUAUAUGGGUUAAUGUGGAGCAAAUGAGGUUGAAGCAAAAAAAUGAUACCUUCAAUUCAGCAUCAAUUAUAGUGGAUAGCUCAUCGAAUAGUACCACCCAAUAUGAAGCAACAAAAAUAAUCAGCUUCCGCUCUGGACAUUGGUUGAAGCCCAUUCUGACUCCUGACAACACAGUAAUCAUCUACACUUCUUUGAUACUAGCGACUGUUAUUGUAACAGUCUUGAUAAGGAUAUUAUUCUUCAGAAGUUCUUUAAAUGCUUCCACUAGGCUACAUAAUAGGAUGUUCAGCAAUAUUUUGAACUCGACUAUGAGAUUCUUCAAUACAAACCCCUCAGGAAGAAUACUCAACAGAUUUUCUAAAGAUAUAGGAAUCAUUGAUGAAGGCAUACCAGUGACAUUUGGAGAAACCAUAUCGAUUGGUUUUUCGAUGGUUGCUACAUGUUUGAUGAUUGCGAUCCUCAAUCCAUGGAUAAUGAUUCCUAGCUUAAUAAUUCUCUUGAUAUUCUACUUCAUGAGGAAAGCCUUUCUGGUAUCGAGCAGGAAUAUUAAACGCAUAGAAUCUAAUACACGCAGUCCUGUUUACACUCAUCUUGCAGCCUCGCUUCAAGGAUUGACCACCAUCCGAGCCUUUGGUGCAGAAAAAGUUAUAUCCGAAGAGUUCGACAGAUUUCAGGAUUCAUACACAUCCGCAUAUGUCAUGUUUACCAGUGCGACUCGUGGAUUUGGGUUCUGGUUGGACUUCCAUUGUAGUAUAUAUAUUUUUUUGGUGAUGGUCAGCAUUUUGUUCAUCGAAAACGAGUCAUAUAGUGGCAACAUUGGUUUAUCAAUAACUCAAGCGAUCAGUCUGACCGGAAUUUUCCAACACUUCCUUAGACAGUGGAGCGAAUUCGUAAAUCAAAUGACAUCUGUGGAGAGGAUCCAGGAAUACGCAGAUAUCAUUCCAGAACAGGAUAUCAUUACAAAAUCUCCUCCAAAAUCUUGGCCUGACAGAGGAAGAAUUGACUUCGUGAACGUGUAUAUGAAAUAUUCCAAAAAUACUCCAUACAUUCUUAAGAAUCUCGUUUUCGGAAUCCGACCAAUAGAGAAGAUCGGAAUAGUAGGACGUACUGGAGCAGGAAAAUCUUCUUUGAUCCAGGCUCUUUUCAGACUGGUUGAUAUUGAAGGCAGCAUUCUGAUUGAUGAUAUCGAUACAAAAAGUGUUCCACUGAAUGUUCUCAGGUCGAAAAUAUCCAUAAUCCCCCAAGAACCGGUUUUAUUUUCUGGAACUCUCAGGAUGAAUUUGGAUCCUUUCGACGACUAUGAUGAUGAAAUACUGUGGGAUGCCCUUGAACAAGUAGAACUGAAAAAGUUAGUGAAUGAAUUUCCUGAAGGUUUAGACAGUAAGGUCAGUGAAGGCGGCUCCAAUUUUAGUGUGGGACAGAGGCAGCUCAUAUGUCUUGCUCGUGCCAUAGUACGCCAAAACAAAAUUCUAGUACUAGACGAGGCCACAGCCAACGUUGACCCACAGACAGAUGCUCUGGUCCAGAAUACCAUAAGGCAAAAAUUUUCCAGCUGUACUGUAUUAACCAUUGCUCACAGACUGCACUCCAUCAUGGAUUCAGAUAAGGUGUUGGUAAUGGACGGUGGAGAAGCGGUAGAAUUCGAUCAUCCGUUUGUCCUUCUGCAGAUGAACAAAGGGGUUUUCCAUGAACUUGUUAACCAAACUGGGGCUUCGAUGGCUCAAAAUCUGUACGCCAUUGCUGAAGAGAAAUUUUCGCGAAAGAAGUGAUUGAAUGUUCAUUCGAAAGUGGUUGACAAUGUUUCAUGGUGACAUUCAUUUGUUCGGACUUCCAUUGUCUUAUAUGAUUCUACUACGACUGAAAAUCUAUGAAAGAUCAAUUGGAAUUGAAAUGAAUAGCUGAAAUAUCAAUUAUGUUAAGCAAUGAAACGUAAAAUAAAAAUACAAGUACAAAUGAAGGACUCAAUACUCUUUUCUGUUUUUUUUGGUAUAUAUCUAACCUUCCACAAUCUUUUGAUAUUUCAUGGCAUCGGCCAAUACUUGAUGG